GAAUAACUUCCAUCCACCAACAUGCCGCCCUCAAGGUUUAAGUGGAGGCUCUGGACUAUCCGGACCCCUUUACCAAUACGAUGUACAACCCACCAUGAACCCUUCACUUGGUAGAACUUCACAAUUUUGAUGGUUAUAAAUAUUUUAACUCUGCCUCCCGUUACUCAUUGCAAAAACUUUCCUUUCCAUUAUCCAUCACCACCCCGUGCACCCACAAGCACUCACCGAGAAAUCGCAAGCAAGCACAAAUCCCGUGCCUGAGAUGUCUCCCGUAACCAUGGCUACCACAGCUCUCACGGUUGUCUCGACUAUGGCCACAAUUGUCCAACAAAUGCCCACGCCCAGACCCACCACCACUGUCCCCCUUCCAGAACCAUCGGAAACAGCCAGCCAGUCAUCCGGACCAGGCCUAUUCGUGCCAGAACCUUACUACUCCGGCACCUCCUUCUUCGCCUCGAUUGCAAACAUUUUGUACAUGUUUGUGUACACCAUCCCGCGCGGCGUUUGUGGCAUCCUUGAACUCUUCCUAAUGUUCCGAAGGCAAAGAGAGGCACUUGCCAAAGAAGCCGAAGAAAGAAGCCAUCGAAUUCAAAUGACCGAGGGCAUCAACAGGAUGGUGGUGCUCAUGGAAUCACAGACCGAGCGAAUGAACAAGAUGGCGGAGCUCAUGGGAACGAUGGUGGAGGAUAACAAGGCCUUGAAGGAGGACAACAAGGGGUUGAGUCAACGCCUUGAGAGGGUUGAGACUGAUAAUACGGUGUUGAGGCGAACCGUUGAAAGGCUUGAGACGGGAAUGAAGGAAAUGAAGGAGGAGAAUAAGGCGAUGCAGGAAGGAAUCACGGAGGCAGUUGAGAAGGGCACUAAGGAGGGCAUCAAGGGUUCGUUGACGGAGGCGAGUCAGGCGAUGACGGAGGCAGUAAAGGAGGGUGUCAAGGAGGGAUUCAAGGAUGUAAUGAAGGAGGCGAAUCCGUCGAGGAUGCAGGAUUCUGAGAAGCUCAUCAACGGCAUGGAGAGGAUGGUGACGGUGGUCCAGGGGUUGGAGGGGGUGUUCAGAGUGGCCUUAGAGGGAGUGGAAACGAGGAUCGGGGCGAUCGAGCACAUGGUGGAUUGGAUGCUCGACUAUCAUUUGGAUGAGAACAAGCGGUUUCACGCUCUUAAGGAUGGCUCUACCUCUACUGCCUCUUCCUCUACUACUCCUACAUCUUGGGGCGGGGAUCUAGUGGAAAAUCGGAUUAUAGUAGACGAAGGGGAUUGGGAGGACCACAAAAAGCCAUGGGAGAAAUAA